AUGCCGUCGCCCGAGGACAAAGCAGGGCUAAAGCGAAUGUUGGGCAUGAUCAAAUAUCUUGCUCAGUACAUUCCGGGCGAGGCCACCCUCACUGCGCCUUUGAGACAGCUGCUGCGCAAAGACAGGGUGUGGCUGUGGCGACACGAACAUGAGCCUCCAACCCUGGACCUGUGCACCCUGCCCUCCAACCCUGGACCUGUGCACCCUGCCCUCCAACCCUGGACCUGUGCACUCUGCCCUCCAACCCUGGACCUGUGCACCCUGCCCUCCAACCCUGGACCUGUGCACCCUGCCCUCCAACCCUGGACCUGUGCACCCUGCCCUCCAACCCUGGACCUGUGCACCCUGCCCUCCAACCCUGGACCUGUGCACCCUGCCCUCCAACCCUGGACCUGUGCACCCUGCCCUCCAACCCUGGACCUGUGCACCCUGCCCUCCAAGGGGAAAAGCUUCAAGCCCACCACCACCUCUAGACCAACAACCACCACCACCCUGGUACCCACCACCCCCUCAGCAGCAGAAGGGGAGUUACGUCUGGCUGGGGGGAACACUUCCUGCUCCGGCAGAGUGGAGAUCUACCACCAGGACCAGUGGGGGACGGUGUGUGAUGACUUUUGGGACGUGCAGGAUGCCCAGGUGGUGUGUAGUCAGCUGGGCUGUGGCCGCGCUCUGUCUGCUCCAUCAUAUGCCAGCUUCGGCCAGGGCAGCGGGCCCAUCUGGCUGGACGAUGUCAGGUGUUCGGGUUCAGAGUCCUCCCUGGCGAACUGCAGCCACCUGCCCUUCGGCUCACACAACUGUGUACACAGUGAAGAUGCCGGGGUCAUCUGUGAGGAGAGUCGAGGGAUCUCCACCACCACCACCCCUCCUACUACCACCACCCCUUCUACCACCACCCCCUCAGCAGCAGAAGGGGAGUUACGUCUGGCUGGGGGGAACACGUCCUGCUCUGGCAGAGUGGAGAUCUACCACCAGGACCAGUGGGGGACGGUGUGUGAUGACUUUUGGGACGUGCAGGAUGCCCAGGUGGUGUGUAGUCAGCUGGGCUGUGGCCGCGCUCUGUCUGCUCCGAUGUAUGCCAGCUUCGGCCAGGGCAGCGGGCCCAUCUGGCUGGACGAUGUCAGGUGUUCGGGGUCAGAGUCCUCCCUGGCAGAGUGUAGCCACCUGCCCUUCGGCUCACACAACUGUGUACACGGUGAAGAUGCCGGGGUCAUCUGUGAAGCUGUCGAUCCUCUGAGAUUGGUGAACGGUUACCCUGACAACCCUGCCUGCUCCGGCAGAGUGGAGAUCUACCACCAGGACCAGUGGGGGACGGUGUGUGAUGACUACUGGGACGUGCAGGAUGCCCAGGUGGUGUGUAGUCAGCUGGGCUGUGGCCGCGCCCUGUCUGCUCCGAUGUCUGCCAGCUUCGGCCAGGGCAGCGGGCCCAUCUGGCUGGACGAUGUCAGGUGUUCGGGUUCAGAGUCCUCCCUGGCGAACUGCAGCCACCUGCCCUUCGGCUCACACAACUGUGUACACGGUGAAGAUGCCGGGGUCAUCUGUGAGGAGAGUCGAGGGAUCUCCACCACCACCACCCCUCCUACUACCACCACCCCUUCUACCACCACCCCCUCAGCAGCAGAAGGGGAGUUACGUCUGGCUGGGGGGAACACGUCCUGCUCUGGCAGAGUGGAGAUCUACCACCAGGACCAGUGGGGGACGGUGUGUGAUGACUUUUGGGACGUGCAGGAUGCCCAGGUGGUGUGUAGUCAGCUGGGCUGUGGCCGCGCUCUGUCUGCUCCGAUGUAUGCCAGCUUCGGCCAGGGCAGCGGGCCCAUCUGGCUGGACGAUGUCAGGUGUUCGGGGUCAGAGUCCUCCCUGGCAGAGUGUAGCCACCUGCCCUUCGGCUCACACAACUGUGUACACGGUGAAGAUGCCGGGGUCAUCUGUGAAGCUGUCGAUCCUCUGAGAUUGGUGAACGGUUACCCUGACAACCCUGCCUGCUCCGGCAGAGUGGAGAUCUACCACCAGGACCAGUGGGGGACGGUGUGUGAUGACUACUGGGACGUGCAGGAUGCCCAGGUGGUGUGUAGUCAGCUGGGCUGUGGCCGCGCCCUGUCUGCUCCGAUGUCUGCCAGCUUCGGCCAGGGCAGCGGGCCCAUCUGGCUGGACGAUUUCAGGUGUUCGGGUUCAGAGUCCUCCCUGGCGAACUGCAGCCACCUGCCCUUCGGCUCACACAACUGUGUACACGGUGAAGAUGCCGGGGUCAUCUGUGAGGUUGGUCGCGGAAACUCCACCACCACAACCACCCCUCCUUCCACCACCACCACCCUUACCUCCACCACUUCCCCUCCUGUGGUGUUCCUGUGUGGGGGCACACCUUGCCCAGCAGGCCAGGACUGUGUCAGUGUCAACGGUUCUCUUCGCUGUGCUGACCCCUGUAGCCAGUACUCAGUUCUGGACGAUGCCUGGCGUUCAACGGACUUCAGAAACGAUGGUAACCUGCACUGUGACCAGCAUAUCAGUUGGCAGGGAUGGUAUCGCUUGUUCCUGGGGGGGAACAGUACCCAGAUGCCAGAGACGUGUGUGGAAGAGAACAUGUGUGGGACCCACGCCGCUUUGUGGAUCACCACCCCUCACCCCCUGCUGAGAGACGGCGUGGUGGAACGGGGAACCUGUGGGAAAUGGUCCUGGGGCGCCGGCAACGGCAACUGCUGUGCAUUUAGGUCAAACCCCAUCCAUGUCAAAGCCUGUCCUGGCAACUACUACGUCUACAAGUUUGUCCAACCAAAUAAUUGUUACUUGGCUUAUUGUGCAGUUGGUCGCGGAAACUCCACCACCACAACCACCCCUCCUUCCACCACCACCACCCCUCCUUCCACCACCACCACCCUUACCUCCACCACUCCCCCUCCUGUGGUGUUCCUGUGUGGGGGCACACCUUGCCCAGCAGGCCAGGACUGUGUCAGUGUCAACGGUUCUCUUCGCUGUGCUGACCCCUGUAGCCAGUACUCAGUUCUGGACGAUGCCUGGCGUUCAACGGACUUCAGAAACGAUGGUAACCUGCACUGUGACCGGGAUAUCAGUUGGCAGGGAUGGUAUCGCUUGUUCCUGGGGGGGAACAGUACCCAGAUGCCAGAGACGUGUGUGGAAGAGAACAUGUGUGGGACCCACGCCGCUUUGUGGAUCACCACCCCUCACCCCCUGCUGAGAGACGGCGUGGUGGAACGGGGAACCUGUGGGAAAUGGUCCUGGGGCGCCGGCAACGGCAACUGCUGUGCAUUUAGGUCAAACCCCAUCCAUGUCAAAGCCUGUCCUGGCAACUACUACGUCUACAAGUUUGUCCAACCAGUUGGUUGUUACUUGGCUUAUUGUGCAGUUGGUUGGGGGAACUCCACCACCACCACCACCCUUCUUCCAACCACUACUGCCACCUCCAGACCAACAACCACAACCAUCACCAGUAAGUGUAAAGACUGCACAAGUCAAAAUAACCUGGAGAGAAUUAAGUGUUUUUAUUUUCAACUAGACAAAAGUAACACACCAGAGCUGGUGUGUGGUAGGGGCUUCCUUGAUGUGGGUCUCCUCAAGUCUCAGCUAGCGGCCAAACGUCUGGACUCCUCCUCUGCUCACAUGGCCGACCCCCGCUGCUCUUCCCAGGAGAUUAACGGGACGGUGUGGUUCCAGGUGGAGCGCAGGGAGGGCAGCUGUGGAACCACUCUGACGACCAACGGCAGCCACGCCAUCUACUCCAACAGUCUGUUUGUGUACCCGUUCAGUGAGAACUUGGUUCAACCCCUGAGGAUCCCUUUCUCCUGCUCCUAUCCUCUGGAGACAGUGGCUAGCCUGGAUGUGGCCAUCAAACCAUACCUGGAACUUGAAGGUGCGGUGAGAGAUGAGGGUGCCAAGGCCAGGACCUCCAUGUCUCUGUUCCGUGAUGCCAACUACACAGCUCCUUACCCAGCAGGCCGUGUCACUCUGCCCCUGGGCUCUGCUCUGCAUGUGGGUGUGUCUGUUGAAGAGACGGACGCUGGCAUCUUUGUGGUCGUUUUGGAGGACUGCUACACCACCCACUCCCCUGAUCCUGAUGACCUCCUGAAAUACUUCCUCAUCCAGCACAGGUGUUCUACCGACCGUCACCAGGUGACCGUGGACGAGAAUGGCUUGUCCCUCCAGGCUCGCUUCUCUGCGCUGCUGUUCCUGUUCCAGGGGGACUACAGGGACGUCUACCUGCACUGCAGCCUCAACCUGUGUGACCAGAGGAAUUCCUCCUGCUCUCCUAUGUGUUCCAGAAGGUUUGUCCGCUCUGUCGACGAACUUGUACCCCUCCAACCUGUCUCAGUCGGACCAAUCACCUGGGGCCAGAGUCUGGAGUGAGCUGAUGAAGUCACACCUCCCUCAGAACGGCUUCAUGACCAUCCCUAUGGCAACCAGCUCAGGCUCUCUCCUGUCUCCUGUCCCCUUUGAAAUGUUUUAACCCUGGAAAUGAUGACAGAACACCCUGCAUAUAAAUAACUAUAAGCUUUGAAUUGUGGGUUACUGUUUCUGAAGGUUUGCAUUCUAUAAUUAUAAAUUGCAUACUAGGGAAUAGUGGAAACAUUGGUAAAUAAGUAUAGUCUACUAAAUAAACAUACCACUUUUCCUUUAACUUAAUCACUUAUCUGGACAAAAAUCAGGGAUUUAUGUGUAUUAAUCAAGGUUUGAUGAAAUCUGACUCGAAUAAAGAAGUAAAAAUUGCCAUCAUCAGAUUUAUUCGCUGCAAACCUCAAUCACAGGCCUCAACCACAGUUUGUUAGUAAAGGUUAUUAUUAGCAAUCAACAGAGAUGAAAAUAUAACACAAGCAGCAACUAAUACUGUUUUUAUGUUAUGCCAGUAUAAAUAUUCAAGUCGGUUC